AUGAAACUCUCUCUAUUCGCGCUUCUGACCGCUUCUGUUUCGGCUCAAUUCGAGAAGAGAAUCGUCGGCGGAUCGACCGCCGCCACUGGACAAUUCCCCUAUCAAGUUUCCAUUCAAACCUCUUCGCAUGCAUGUGGAGGAAGUAUUAUCGAUUCCCAGAACAUUCUCACUGCUGCCCAGUGUGUGAAUGAUCGGGAGGCGAGUCAUUUAAGGGUCAGAGUUGGCUCAGCGCAGCACGCCUCCGGUGGGAAGUUAUUUCAAGUGGCAAAGAUCACCCAGCAUAGUGAUUACAAUGCCAACACUCUUGAAAACGACAUUGCCGUCCUUCGAUUACAGGACAAUCUCGAAUUUGGAUCCAACAUCGCUGCUGUAGAGCUUCCCUCUUCUGAGCUAGACACUUCAGCGACAGGAGCCAAGUGCUCGGUCACCGGCUGGGGAACUACUAGUCAUGGUGGAGAGCGUCUUCCCGCCAAUCUUCUAUUCGCCUACCUCAAUAUUAUUGACCAUGAGAGCUGCGUCAAAGCCUACGACUCAUAUCAUCCCAAGGUUAAUGACAUGAUGGUUUGUGCCGGUGUGCCCGGUGGAGGGAAGGGCGCUUGUCAGGAGGAUACUGGUGGCCCGCUUGUUGAUCAAAGCUCCAAAAAGCAGGUCGGAAUUGUUUCUUGGAGUCGUGGGUGUGGACAACAUGCAUACCCUGGCGUUUAUACUAGCACUGCAGCUUACGCGGCCUGGAUCCAGGAAACUAUUCUGCUUGAGAUUCUUUAA